GUUUUGUAGCUAUGCACUUGCAAUUCUCAACCCAUUUCAAAUCCGAUUCGUUGUUACUCAUCUAUCUAUGUUGCUUUUCUUUAUAUGCACCGAUUACACACGAUGUGAAAAUGCGCCACCAUCAAUUCCACAACAAACCAAAAAAAUAAACACUAUAAAGCAAAAAAGCAAAAAGUCCAAGCAUAGCCAAUUCUAAAGCUGCAGUAAACAGUGUAGACCGCGAUCCGUUCGCGGCAUAUUAUGUCUCGCGAAGUCUACAGCACAGGUCAAGCAAAUCCAAGCACUACCGGUACUAGAAGCCCUGGUCGACCAACGAGACGAUUAACUGAACUGCCGACUGUUGACAAGUCGCCCUCACGAGACUACGGCGGAAUCCGAGGAAGACCUUUAGCCAUGGGUAGUCCAUAUUAUCGGGAUAUGGACGAGCCUAUCAGUCCUGCUGGUGGUCACCAUCGCAGCAGAAGUGCGACUCGAGCUCCCACACACUCGUUGGAGUAUCCUCGCGAGCAAUUAAGAACUCGAUAUCAAUCAUUGGACCGAGGUCUUGUCGAUCCCCAUGAUCGAGAAUUCAUACCAAUACGAGAGCCACGUGAUCGUUCCCGCGAUAGAUCAUUGGAGAGGGGGCUCUAUCUAGAGGAGGAACUUUAUGGCCGACCACCAAGACAAGCGAUGCCGGAGCGAGGAUAUUUAGGCGAUUUGCAGGUCCAAAAUGGCGAGUUGCAACGAGAACUGGGCAAUUUAAAAAAAGAGCUCGAGCUUACUAAUCAAAAACUCGGAAGCUCGAUGCACAGCAUCAAAACUUUCUGGUCACCUGAAUUGAAGAAAGAACGAGCUCUUAGGAAAGAGGAAAGUGCUAAAUACAGCCUAAUCAACGACCAGUUGAAGUUGCUGAACAGCGAAAAUCAGAAACAAGCAAUGUUGGUGCGACAACUGGAAGAAGAGCUGAGAUUACGAAUGAGGGCACCGAACAUCGAAAUGCAGCAGCAAAUGGAAGCUCUAUAUGCAGAGAAUGAGCAUCUUCAAAGAGAGAUUUCCAUAUUACGCGAUACCAUUAAGGAACUGGAACUGCGAAUAGAAACUCAGAAACAAACGCUCCAAGCAAGGGACGAGAGCAUAAAAAAGUUAUUAGAAAUGCUACAGAGCAAAGGCAUGGGCAAGGAAGAAGAACGACAGAUGUUCCAACAAAUGCAAGCUCUCGCUCAGAAACAGAUGUUUGAUUUCGCCAACUGCACCACUACCACACCUGAUUUAAUGCGUAGCAGUUUUUAUCCAGCCCAGCCAACGUCAGUACUAAAUUCAAACUACCACAACAUGACCCCAACAUCUAAGCUGUUGGAAGCGCGCUCCGGACGAUUGCCGGCUCGCCGCUACAGCAUAAGCGGCAGUGUGCCAUUGUCAUCCAUGGUUGAUUACUGCAAUUUGUCCGAGAAUGCGGCGAAUCUUUACACGCAAUCGGCAAAUCUUACCAACUUGUUAAACGAAACCACCAAAUCACUAUCCCGCUCUUCUAAUAUACUCAAUAUGCGGUCCCUGGGCACAACCGCCUCUGGUGAAAGUGGAAUUAAUCUACCUAUGAGCCAUGCAGCGACACUCUUUACUCAACCAUUGCAUACAUCCGCACCUACAUCUUCCUCCACUAACGUUUGCGGUGUCCUCGAUCCUUCGCCAUCGAAUCCACUCGAGCGAAUGGCCACCGCGGCUGCUGCUUCAGCGUCAACAGCCUCCGGGUUUCUUUGCUCAUACCCGAACGCCUCUAGUAUCUCACAUUUGCCGAAUGCGCAUAAUAACAAUUCCAAUCUAUCGUACUAUCAUCACCAUCUGCAGCACCAUUUGCCCCAGCUUAACCACCAAAUCAUGUCUUUACCACAGCAACUACAGCACUCACAGCAAAACUCAUUCUCAAGCACAGCAUACAGACCGACCACUGACUACUUGCUCUCAAAACCAAUUUACAGCAAUAAUACGCUCAAUGCCGCAACUAAUUCCACCUCCUUUCCAUCGCAACCACACAGUAUGUUGUCCCAGACGAAGAAUCUCUUGUCUCAGCAUCAUUUUCUUUCCAACCCAAAUAUAACGCGCUCAUUAACUAACUUGCCUUCUUCUACCACAUCUGCUUAUCCUUACGAUCGUCAUUUACCUUCAGUAUCCGCUUCACGCUAUCCAUCGUCGUUUGAUCAUUCACACUUUCUGCAUACAAUGCACGAUAACAUCGAUAGCAGCGGCUUGUUCAAAUACCCCACCAUGUAUCAUAAUCCAUAUACCAAACUAGACUUAGACUACAACAGGGCAAACGAUAUGAAACGCCAACUGGAUGAUUUUCGCUUGGAAAUCACACGCCGCGAUCAAGAGAUAAUGGCAAUGGCUGCCAAAAUGAAAACGCUCGAAGAGCAGCAUCAGGAUUAUCAGCGUCACAUUGCUGUCCUCAAGGAAUCAUUAUGCGCUAAAGAAGAACAUUACAACAUGCUGCAAUCAGAUGUUGAAGAGCUGCGUAAUCGGUUAGAAGAAAAAAAUCGAAUGAUCGAAAAGAAAACACAAGGUACAAUGCACACGGUGCAGGAAAAGAAUCGUCUGCAAACAGAACUCACUGAGCUCAAAGAACACAUGGAUAUAAAAGACAGGAAGAUAAACGUUCUGCAAAGAAAGAUUGACAAUUUGGAAGAUUUGCUAAAGGAGAAAGAUAAUCAAGUUGAUAUGGCACGAGCAAGGCUCAGCGCAAUGCAGGCGCACCAUUGCAGCUCAGAAGGAGCGUUGACAAGCUUGGAAGAAGCAAUCGGAGAUAAGGAAAAACAAAUGCAGCAACUGCGCGACCAGCGCGAUCGAGCUGAAGCGGAGAAAAAAGAGGAACGAGAGCUACACGAACGUGAACUCGCCGAAUUCAAGAUGAAGCUUCACUCUUUGGAUAGCGAGGUAGAAAAGCUAACGACACGUCUGCACAGAGCACUUGCCGAAAAGGAUCGCCUGGAAGCCAAACUGGAGAGUUCACAGAGCGAACUAGGAAAAUCCAAGGCAGAGCUCGAACAUAAGACGGCAAGCGAUGUGGGUCGUAGUGGAGCCGAUUGGGAACAUGCUAAACAGCGGCUGUCACGAUUAGAAUUGGAAAAUGAACGUUUACGUACUGAGUUGGAGCGGUCACAGACCACUUUUGGCAGAUCUACCUUAAGUACAUCACAAGAACUAGACCGCGCUCAGGAACGGGCUGAUAAAACUACGAAUGAGUUGCGACGCACGCAAGCUGAGCUACGAGUGACACAAACCGACGCCGAACGAUCAAGAGCGGAAGCUGCCGCCUUGCAAGAAAAAUUAGAGAAGAGUCAAGGCGAAGUCUAUAGACUAAAGGCCAAGCUUGAAAACGCACAAGGUGAACAGGAAAGCUUGAAACAGGAAAUGGAAAGAGGCCAGGCUGGUAUACAACGAAUUGUUAGUGAAAGAGAUAAGGCGUACACAGAGCUGGAAAAAAUUCGCGAAGAACUCGAACGUACUCAGGCGACACUCGGAAAGUCACAGCUCACGCAGGAGAAAUUACAAAACACGCUCGACAAAGCACAAAACGAAAUUGAUCAUCUACAGGAGAAGUUGGACAAGAGUGGCGGAGAAACCCGUAGGCUACAACUCGAGAAGGAAAAAAUCAAUUAUGAAUUUGAGAACAUUCAAUCGCAGUUGGAUAAAUCAUUGGGACAAGCUUCACGAAUCCAAAAAGAGAAAGAAGCGGCACAAAUGGAUCUCGACCGGUACCGAGACAAGGCAGAUAAGCUGCAGUCAUCCCUGGCCCGUUUACAAAAGGAGCGCGAUGUUCUUUGUGAUGAGUUGGAAAAAUUGAAAGAAAAAUCCGAAUCUACCCAAAGUACUGCCCUCAAGUAUCAGCGGGAGCGUGAUGCUAUUCAGACCGAGCUUGAAGUGGUCAAAGAACGAUGGGAAAAGGCACAUCAGAUCCACCAAAAGCUUCAGAUGGAACGUGAUGAUGCCGUUACAGAGAUCGAUAUAUUGAAGGAAAAACUGGACAAAGCGCUGUACGCCAGCCAGAAGCUGAUCGAUGAAAAGGACACAUCUACGAAAGAGUUUGAGAAAAUGCUGGAGAAGUACGAUCGGGCACAAAAUGAAAUCUACCGGUUGCAGUCACGUGUGGACACGGCUGAAGCUGAUCGUAACCGUUUAGAGGUGGAAGCGGAACGUUCCGCACUGGCGGCAUCGAAGGCACGCGAGGACUUGCGCAAAAUGCAAGAAGAAACCACACGCCUACAAGAGGCUUGCGAUCGUGCCGCAAUGCAGCUAGGCCGCUCGAAAGAGCUCGAAGAUAAGGCCAAGGAAGAUGUGGACAUGAUACGAGAAAGAUUGGAUAAAUGUCAAACAGAUUUGCGCCGUGCUCAGUCGGAAAAGGAAAAUCAACAAGCAGAACUAGAACGCUUAACGUAUGAACUGGACCGUUCGCAUAACCUAUACACUAAGCAAACAGCGUCACUUGACUCGGCUCAGGAAGAAAUCGCUCGCUAUGGGCUGGAAGUCGAAAAAAUGCGCGAGCGUUACGAAAAAACGGCGGCUGAAUUACGACGAUUGCAGGAGAAUGAAUCCUUCUCUCGCGAAGCCCGCCGAAUGAAAGACGAAAACGAUCGAUUGCGCGAAAAGUACGAUAAGGUCAUAGUGGAGUUAGAGAACUUCCGUGGCAAAUCGCAAUACGAACAGGAGACAUUCGACAAGAUGAAGGAGAAAUUUGAGGCUCGAGAAAAUGAAUACCAAACGAUGGAGCUUAAAUUGCACGAAACCAGCCUGCAGCUCGAUCUGGCCAGGUCAGAAGUUACUAAAUUGAUCUCGAAUCAAGACAAACAGCGUGCCGAUGCUGAACGAGCCCACAUUGAAUACGAAAAAAUUCGCGACAAGCAUGAAAAACUCAUUAAAGAAGUGGAACGACUACGGCAGAACCCACAAUCUGCCAUCAGUCCUGGUGCGUUGUCCGCUGCCAGUACGGUAAGCUUAGCGGACAAGAACGAGGUUGAGCGUCUGCGUGAACGUUUAGAGAAGGCGCUGCAAAGCCGUGACGCUACUGAAAUGGAAGCAGGCCGUUUAGCUAAGGAGCUCGAGAAGGCACAACUGCAUUUGACCAAACAGCAGGAAGUGUACGAAGCCACGCGCAUCGAGUUCGAGCGUAUGUCUGCGGAACUGACACGCGUACUCGAGCGACUUGAAAAAUCGGAAGCCGAAAAGGAAACGCUUCGCCAGUCGACUAAGAUCUACGAAAAGCAUCACCAGCAGCAUGCAAGUAACCAUCAUGUGGAGCAGAGUUUGAUGAAACUCGAGGCCGAUAAUAAACAACUGAUGGCCGAACGUGAUCAACUUGUGAUGCAGCUGGAGAAGAGUCAGGAUAUGCUUAUGAGCUUCCAGCAGGAGCUUAACGCGGCCGAACUGGAACUACAGCGACAGUGUGAAGAAAAUCGUCGACUUAAGAGCUCACCUCAGCAGCCGGGAGCUGCUGCUACUACACCUCAGCAAGCCCAGGCAACGGCCCAAGAAAUACAAAAUUAUAAGAAAGAAAUCACUAAGCUGAAACAAAUGCUCCAAGAAACCGGGGCACGUGGCGACAAUGAACUCGAACAGUGGCGUAAAGUUGUCGAGCAGGAGAAGAACCGCGCAGAUCAAGCAGAGAAGGCGGCGAUUGAGUUGCAAAAGCGGAUGCAGGUGAUGGAACAACAAUUAAAACAACAACUCCUGCAAAUGACCAAUAUGCAAAAACAAUUACAACAGCAAUCAACACAACAGCAGCAACAACAAUCGCCGUCAAACAAAAAGGAACUCGAAAAGUUACAAGAGGAACUUAAGGCAGCAGUCACCCAUCGAGAUCAGUUCCAAAACCAGUUGGAGCUAUUGGUGCAAGAACUUGAAAAGAGUCAAACAGAAGCUCUGGAUGCUACGAAAAAGACUCAACAGCAUCAGCAGCAGGUUGGUCAACUCCAGCAACAAAUACAACAAUUGCAGCAGCAAUUGCAACAAGCAACACAGGCAGCUAAUCAAAAGGUAGCCCAAAACGCAAAUGUCAGUGAGGCAGAACGUAAGCAGCUAGAAGCACAAAUGAAACAAAUUGAAGAUGCAACUCGGCUGCUGGAGAGUGAACGAAAAACAUUCGAAGAUCAGCGCAAAGCCAUUGAAAACAAGCGUAAAGAGUUGGAGGAUAAGGAAAAGAAUCUUAUCGAGUUCGACAAGCAGCUUAAAAAACGCAAAGAACAAAUGGACCAACUAGAAAAAUCGCUACAAAAGGCCGGUGGAACUGCUGCUGCUGCUGGAGAAUUAAACAAACAGUUAACAGAGGCUCAUCAGAUGUUAGACAAAGCGUCGAAAGAACUGGAAGAUGCAAAGGAAGAAGCCAAACGAUCGGCUGCCGAAACUGAACGACUUUUGCAGUUGGUGCAAAUGACACAGGAAGAACAAAACCAGAAAGAGAAAACAAUUAUGGAUUUGCAGCAAGCCUUAAAAAAUGCUCAAGCAAAGUUAAAAACAGCACAAGCACAGCCACAGGAUGCGGGACCAGCAGGAUUCCUCAAGAGCUUCUUCUAAAAAAGGUUUCCUUCGAUCUGGUUCUGCUAUUGGUGUAUUUUAGUUCAUUAUACACCAUUUAUUAAUCGUAUUUGGAUGCCAUAAAAAUGUUAUAAAGUAACAAUAUCGCAAAGAGAGUACAACUACCAGUAGUCAUUCCGUUUAGAGAUGCCGAAUA